AUGGCAGAGUCCAAUUUGGAGACAUCAGAAGUGACCAGAGACACAAAAGUCUACAGGCUCCCCGGCAACACUGGCGAUUAUACCCAGCAAACAGUAACAAUUGAUAAUGAGAAUCAAAUAGCCAAUAUCCAUGUGUACGGUGGUUCUUCCGAUACGAUUUUUGACUACGGACAUGGAUACAUUGCAACAAGAUUGUUUUCUCGUCGAGCCUGCUUUGUGUACAAGAUGGAAAAAGGCUACGUUCCAGAGCUGGAAUUGAUUGGACGGCUUGCUUACGAGAAACAGAUGAUGAACAAGAUGUUCUCCCCAAAAAAUAUGUGGAUGAAAUAUGUACCCAGCGAUUCUUUCUUUGGAGAAAUCAAGGAGUGGCUUGUCUUUGGCAGCUCUAUCGAGAAACUCUGCAAGGGUGUACCUGUUUACAAAGUUGAAAGAGUUGAAAGUGCGCCAGGUGCUGGAGGAUGUGCCCAAGCAGGUAUCCUUAGCAUUUUGAACAUUAAAAUUUGUGGAGACAUCCACCUGUAACGUGAGCUGAUCAGGAUGCCAUUUGCUGGGUCCCUUCCCAACCAAUAAACUUUCCAUCUCAGUGUGAAUUUGGGAAAUGAUCUCAAUUUUCAUACUUCUCAGGCUCUCUUGUAUUUCAUUUUAAUGCUGC